CGGGCGCGGCGCACACGGGUUCCGGAAAAGACGAACUUGAGCACCAAGGCAAUGGGGCCUGGGGUGGCAAAGAGAGGGGGGACUGGGUUCCUGGAAGAUCCCGGAACAAAGGUUCCAACACGCUCCCAACCGGCCCAAGACCCUCUUCUUCGCCACUUGCUUUGGACCCCCGGCCUCACCUCGCCUCCAAAUGGACCCCAACUGCUCCUGCCCCACUGGCGGCUCCUGCGGCUGCGCUGGCUCCUGCACCUGCAAAGCCUGCAGAUGCACCUCCUGCAAGAAGAGUGAGUGUAGGGCUUUCUCUGGGAACCUGGGGGCUGCAGCUACGGUGAGGGAGGGAACCCAGAGCGGGCUCUGAGUGUAUGGCUCUGGCGGGGGGGCUGGUCUUCCUUUGCCCUUCGGCACCUGUCACUGCUGCUUCUGACUUUCUGCCUGUCCUGGGCUUAGUUGGGGCAGGGCAGCCACUUCAUAGUGGAAGCCAAGCCCCAAGGUCCUCCCAACUGUCUUGGAACAGAGCAUGUUUUUCUGUACUCGGGGUCCUUUGGAUCUGAGGGCUUGUGGCAGGGCUGCUGGUGGGCAAGGAGGAGCCUGGGAAAGUCAUCGCUGACAUCUGCUUUCGCCCCUCUCUCCCCAGGCUGCUGCUCCUGCUGCCCCGUGGGCUGCGCCAAGUGUGCCCAGGGCUGCCUCUGCAAAGGGGCCUC